AUGGAUACACCGCCGACGUCGCCGGCUUUUACCACUUCUCGGUAUAUGCCUCUGUCUCCGGAGUUGGAGGAAGGCAAAUGCAGCCAGUCCUCUUUGGACCUGCUGCAGUCCGACCUUGAGCUGUGCUCGAAGAACGGGAACAAGGUCAUGGAUGUUAUGGCGCUGUACCACGGUACGCUUGCCUCUGUUGCUUGCCAAGUGUAUGGCGACAGAAAUGUCGACCUGUACUUGAACCCAUCGCUAAAGAUAGGGAAAGUCAGGGAUAGAGGCUCUGUCUCUUUCAUCUUCGACCUGGAGGACCGCUACGUAAUCAAGUGUCCGAUGUCUCGGAGGAAGUACGACAUAAUUCUGCGGGAGGCGCUGAUACUGCGGCUGCUACAAGCUCCCGAUAACAACAUCGUGCCUCUUAUUGGGGUAACUUAUCUCGGCAAGAGUCACUUUAGACACCUGCGUGCGAAUGAACUAGUACCUGCGCUGGUGUUGCAGAAAUUCGAGCUGAACCUACACACAUAUAUUAACUUGCACCGAGGCGAUAUCCAGCCGGACAAAGGAGUAUGGCAUUCACUAUUAAGAGAUAUACUAUGUGCGCUAAAGUUUAUGAAAUCUAAAAAUAUAGUCCACAGAGAUAUCAAAACAUCUAACAUUUUACUGAAUCUACCGAGACAUGACACAGACACAACGAGAUUUUACUUAGCAGACUUCACAUCUGCUGACAUAGAAGGCCCCGAGGAGUUCAAUACCACACAUGACCAUGUCGACACUACUUUGGAGUAUUGCGCACCCGAGUUGAUAUCUUUCUUCUCAGAUAUGCCAAUGAGCAAUCACUCUAGCCAUAUUGUGGGAACACCUUCAAUGCAUACAGAUCUAUACGCAGCUGGUCUGUGCCUCCUGUCAUUCAUUACCGGCUACGAGCCUUACGACCAACUGUUCAAUUCGUCCUCCACAAACGAGACUAGAAGUAGAUCCGCGUCCCCAGUACAGAAAUCACAAUGGCUGAUCAACGCCAUCUCUAAAAUGGAUCCUAUUAGUCUAAAUAUCCAGGACCAAAGAAUCUAUGAUAUUUGGAGAGAAGAGCUGCAGAUUCUAAAUGCUAUUCUAGUAGAGAGAAAACCCCUAGAAGAAAUAAUGCAAUUGUUGCAUUAA